AUGGCGGCGCUCUACGAAGACAUCAGCGGGUCCCGAUACCUUUCGUCUUCCAUCAGCUCGCUGUCGGCGUCGCGGCAGCAGUCGUCGCAGAUCGCCAAAGCAUACCGCCAGGCCGCGCAGCUGUUCCUCACGCGACGCCUGCCCGAGGCGCUGUCGACCAUCGAGCCCAUCAUCACCGCGCCUGGAGACACGACCGACUCGGACCAUGCCGGCGACUCGGCGAGCAAGCUGCAUGCAUCCUAUGCGCCCGUCGCAACAGCCUCACGUGGCACGCGGGUCAAGGUGUGGAGCUUCUACCUGACCUUCCUCAACAGCGUCGUCGAGCUGGGGGCCGACGAGGGCAAGCACGCGUUUGGCAGCGCGCGGUGGAAGCAGCUGGUCGCAAAGUGCCGUGAUGGCAGCGUGUGGGACGACGUGGUGCGCGACGGAUACGCGGGCGUCGAGGGGGACGUGGAUGCUGAGGUCGUCGUCAACCUGUCCACCCUCCUCCUCACGCACUCGCCCUCGCAGCGCCUCAACCAAUCCCGCCUCGAGACCUACCUCUCCGCCACCGCCAACCCCACCUUCGACAUCGCCUCGCACCUCUCGUCGCCCUCGCUGCAGCGCCGCAAGUCGCACACGGGCACCGACACGCCGCGCGACCUCAACACGCGCGUCAAGCUGCUCGAGCUCUACACUCUGCACGUCCUCCCGCGCAACGAUGAGUGGGACUACGCCCGCGAGUUCGUCACCAUGAGCGAGGUCCUCGACGACGAGCGCAAAGAGGCCUUCCUGCUGGCCCUGCACUCGCUCAAGGAGGAAAAGGACGACAGCGAGGCCCGCGAGGAGAGGCUACGCCAGCAGCAGCAGGAGCAGCUGGAAGAGCGCCGCCGCGAGACCGAGGCCCGUCGCCAGGAGCAGGCCCGCGCCGACGACGAGCGCCGCAAGCGCGACGAAGAAAACAGACGCCAGCCGCGCGCCACAGACGAGCGCCCGCGGCAGUCCAAGCCCCCAGCACCGCCGUCCCAGCCGUCGAGGACGAGCCGCACCCCCGCCAAGAAGCCCGCCGCCCCGCCCCCCGGCCUGUCCGCCCGCGUCAGCCGUUCCUUCGCCGCCCUGCAAAAAGCCAUAGCCGACUCGGCCCGCCAACUGACCACCAACCCCCUCGCCCUCCUGCGCACCCUGCUCUUCCUGCUCGCCUUUGCCCUGGCCGUCGGGAAGCGCGACCUGCGCGAGCGCAUCAUGCGGCUGCUGCGCCAGGCCCUCGACAAAGUGCGGCGCACAGUGGGCAUGGGGGUGAAGGUGAGCUAUAUUUAG